UUUGAAGGUUCGCACUUCAGUUGAUAUUCUCAACAUGGAGUUGGGCUGUUUCCAUUUAUUGCCGAUGUUACUCUUGUUGACAAGUGUAAUUUGCAACUUGCACUCAAACUAUUUAUUGACACGGACUAUCAAUGAAUUGAAGAAAUGCAAAUAUGCAACAAUACGACAACCAAUUCUCGAGAAAACCACCGUUUCAUUACUAGGAUGUAGUAGAUUAUGUACAUCAGUUGAAGAAUGUAAACGGUUUAUGUUCGAUGAAAACAAGAAACUCUGUUCUUUGUUCCGACAUGGUGAACAUUGUUUUACAUCCGAUGAUGUUCAUAACAAAGUUUGUUACAUACAGAAGUCCGUUUGUAAUGACAUCACAUGUACAAGAUGUCCGAUAGGUUACUAUGGAGAUAAAUGUCAGAAGGUAAUACAAGACUGCACAGAUGGUGUAAAUAAGUCAGUUGUUCCCGAAGGGCUCGGCUAUGCCUUUAUAAAACCUAUAGGCAGCGGGCAAGUUGAAGAAGUAAGGUGUGACUUUCGGUAUGACGGAUGGACAUACAUUGAAACGAGAGAAGAGAAUUGUCUAGAACUUGACUUUAAUAGAACCUUUGAAGAAUACUCUACAGGAUUUGGAAAUCGAUAUGGAAAUUACUGGUUGGGUUUGGAAAAUAUUUACAACAUUCUGCAAAACCAUGGCCAGUUUCUUUUGGACUUUUACUUCACAUUUAAUAAUUCAAAUGUUGAACAUUGUCGGUAUUCCAAAUUUGAUAUCGCAAACAGAGAUAAUUUAUACAGAAUUACGAUUGGUGAGUUCCGUGGUUUAAAGGGACCGAUGGUUGACCCACUAACAAAUGGUACUUUCAACAUUGAUGGCAGACCCUUUUCAACGUUUGACCGAGACUUUAGUAAUCAUGACUGUCCAGGACGAUUUAUGGCCGGAUGGUGGUAUCUGGAUGAUGUAGUCUGUUCACAAUCUAACGUCCAUGGUAGAAGAUCUGAAAAUAUUCCUGAAGCGAGAUUGCACUGGUUGGAUAUUCUGGGGGAAGAGAUAUAUAUUAAAAACAGUCAUAUAAAAAUCAAGAGAAUUUAAAUGGGGAUUUCGAUAAGUUUAAAUGUAAUCAUUUGUAUUUCUUGUCCCCCACCUUUCGGAGAAACCGGCGUACUAUUAAAAUGUGUUUGUCUGUCCGUCACACGUUUGGGACACAAUAAUUCUGCUUCUAAAGAAACUAGGAUGUUCAAAACUUGGUGUAGGUGGGGUUUUUUUUUGGUAAAUGCCCUGAUUGAGUUCGAUGGUGGGGCUACGUUAAGAUAAGCAAAUUGAUCACUUUGGUCCUAAUUGGGAGUGGAGAUACUUGAAUAAUGGUUUCGUCACAACAAAAGAAUAAAUUGAUAAUAUGAUGUAAGCAAUUCAAUUGUGCGAGACUUUAGAUCACGAUGGCAUUUCUUCAAUUUGAUUGAUUGAUAGUGGUGAACAUUGGCGUAUAGUUUCAUUACAUCAAUGCCUUGACACAGUUCGAUGAUGGAGUGAAGACUUCAAUUUGAUUGGUUGGGUCGUCUGAGGUAGAAUGCUCCAACUUGGCAUUGGCUGAAUUCGAUUUUAUUUUUCACUUGUCAUAAACCGUUUCGUUCCGGCGUUUACUGUCUUCUGUACAUAUAUAUAAAUAUCUAAUGAUUCUUUUAAUCUCUUUUCACUAAUCACAUUGUAAAAUAUUACACCAUGUAUACAUAACAUGUUAUUGUCUGCAGGAUCACCUCGGUGGAAGCGGGCGUAAAAUACAACUAACUCACACACUGAAUUCGAUGAUAAGCAUCGUAUCCACUUGAGUGAGAGUGGUCAGCGGUAAAACUUUGCGUAUAGUUUCAUUACAGCAAUACCGUAAAAUAGUUCGAUGAUCAGCAUUUUCUACUUAGGCUAAGUUAUAGCGAUAAGCAAUUUGAUUGGUCAAGACUUUGGAAUACCAGAACUCUGCUUUUGAUCACGUGGCUAAGUGGGUAAGACACUGGCUCGCUAGCCUGGAGGUCGGGUGUUCGAUCCCUGCAUUGGCCGAGAAAGUUCAUCCAGAUUUUCCGGCGUGGUUCCCCCUGGUCAGCGAUGCAGGACAGAGGGCCUGACAAGGACAGCUGUCUAGUCGUUCGGAUGGGACGAAAAACCGAGGCACCGUGUACACAUUGGCGUGCACGUAAAAGAUCACUUGACAGUUGGAAUUCGUUAUAGGAGUAGGCCGUAGUGCCGCUGUCCGGGCAACAUUUCCCUCAUAGCACACUGUAUGGCGUAUGCCCCUCUUCAUUAGCCCAGUUCGGGGCAGAACAGUAGGACGUUAAACCCCAUUUCAUUUUAUUUCAUUUAAUUAAGAUGUAUUGUUCAAACUUGGUUUAAAUAAUCAUUAUGUGACUUUCUUGAUGCGGUUUAAUGCUUUGUGGCACGAUCACUUUGAGGCUGAUAGAGUGAGAGUGUUGAACUUGGUGUAAAUUUUCACUACACCAAAACCUUGACUAAGUUUGGUUAGGAGCAUUCCCUGCUUAGCCUGAAAAGAAACUACUUCGCCUGUAUAGAAAAACUUUAUUAUUGAUCGAUGCUUACAAAAUGAUAAAUGUGCAAUUAAUAAAUACAGGUCAUCUAUUUAUUUUGAUGUUGAGGCGGGGGACAUCAGCAUCACUAGUGAUUUGUGUUAUGUUAUACAAUGAUUCAUUUUGUGUCGUGGGUAAAAAAUGUGGGCGAUAAUAACAUUUAAGUGUAAAUAUCAAAGAGAAUGGCAAAAUACCUUUUGGCUGUUAGUUUUAAAUAUCAAAAACAAUUUUGUCCCAUUCAGCUAUCUGAGAAUGUGACUAUGUAUGUGACUUUCUAAUACGUCUUGUUUGACAUUUAUAUUCUUGUAAUUCACUAUUUACGUAUUUUUAUAGAGGUAGUGUAUGCUUACUCUUUUCUUAUGACAUCUUUCCUCGAUUGUGUAACUAGUGAAAAUGUGUGAGUAUUGCGGCUGUUUGAGGGAAUGAAGUGUCGUGGAAUUUGAUCCCACCUUUCUUUGGAAGUGUUUCUCGCCUUUCUAUGUUAUAUCUACUGAUAUAGAAUCAGUUAAAGACGAGUUAUUUGCCUCUGGAUUUGAUAGUUUCGCUUACGAUACGAACAUGAAUAUAAUACUUGGCCACAGUUUAAUGUUGUAUUUUAAAAGUGAUUUUCCAUGCUACAGUUUCACUGACGGUGCAAUGAUUGUUUGCCAUUUUACCUAGAAUGAAACGCACGUAGUCUUAUUUGUUUCGAUUAUAUAUAUUAUUGAUUACCUAUUCAGAUCUAUAGUAUUUUGUAUCUGUAUUUACCUUUUUGUGUUUAACUGUUAUCGAUUGUGAUUGUUUAAAUAGUUGU